AUGGGUGCCUCCAGUACUUGUCCUUGCCACCACUUCAGCUCCUCCUCCAUCCUCACCAAGCGGACCAUCGCCUUCGCGCUCUACGCCCUCGUUCCCCUCGCCCUCCUCCACUACCUCCUCUCUCUUCCUCCCACUUCCCCCCCUCCUCCCACCACCACCGGCGUCCCCUCCACCCCAUCACCAACGCAGCAGGCGGAGGCUCCGGCAGCGCGGUGCGAUUACUCGGACGGGGAGUGGGUGCGGACCACGGAAGGCCCUCGGUACAAUGGGUCGAGCUGCGGCGAGACGAUCAAGGCCGGCCAGAACUGCGAGGCGCACGGGCGGCCGGACACGGGGUACAUCUACUGGCGGUGGCGCCCGCGCGGGUGCGCGCUGCCGCCGUUCGACCCCGCCGAGUUCCUGAGCGCGGUGCGCGGUCGCCACGUGGCCUUCGUGGGCGACUCGCUCGCGCGGAACCAGUGCGAGUCCCUGGUGUGCCUGCUCACCUCCGCGUUCCCGGCGCAGCUGGUGCGCGGCGCCGGCGGCGGCGACGGGGACGGGGACGGCGACGAGCUCCGCAAGUUCCGGCGCUGGGCGUUCCCGUCGCACAACGCGACGGUGUCCGUGUUCUGGUCACCGUUCCUGGUGAACGGCACGGAGAGGCCCAAAUCGCCGGCAGCGGCGGCGGGAGGGCUGGACCACAACCGGAUCUACUUCGACCAGCCCGACGAGCGGUGGGCGGCGGAGGUCCCGGGAUUCGACGUGGUGGUGCUGUCGGCGGGGCAGUGGUACCUGAACUCGGCCAUGUUCUACGACCGUGGCGCCGUCAUCGGCUGCCACCGCUGCCCGGAGCGCAACCGCACGGAGACGGGCUUCUUCGGCGUGUUCCGCCUCGCCGUCCGCAACGCGCUCUGCGAGGUCAUUACCCGCAUCGCCGCCACGUCCUCCUCCUCCUCCUCGUCCUCCUCGCCCGCCCGCCCCCGGCUGGCUGUGGUGACGACGUUCUCGCCGGCGCACUUUGAGGGGGAGUGGGACAGCCCGACCGCGUGCGUGCGCACUGAGCCGUACGCGCGCGGGGAGCGGGAGAUGGAGUACAUGGACCUGGAGAUGCUGCGCGCCGGGGUGGAGGAGGCCGCGGCGGCGGGCGCGGACGCGAGGGCGCGCGGGGCGGGCCUGGCGGUGGAGGCGCUGCAGGUGACGCGGCUGGCGGCGAUGCGCCCGGACGGGCACCCAGGCCUGUACACCCGGGCGUUCCCUUUCGCGGAGGGGACGAGGGAUCGGAUGCCCAACGACUGUGUGCACUGGUGCCUGCCCGGGCCCAUCGACACGUGGAACGAGAUCCUGCUGCAGGUCGUCAAGCGAUGGGCCGACGGCGUCGGUUCCGACGCCUCGUCGCCAUCGCCAUGA